UCUGAACAAAUAUAACUGUAAUACGUUAAUUCAGUUGGAUAAUAAUUGGGUAUUAACAGGAUAUUAAAGGGAAUCAAGAGUUGCCGAGUGUCGGUGAAGUUUCCUACACAUGUCGCAUUUAAAUUCAUGCUUAUUAAAUAAUUAGUUUGAGAGAGAGUUCCAGUAUUUCCCGGUUAUCCUCCUCCUCCUCCUCGGCCCCCCGCCCCCUACAUUAUUUUUCUGUUUCUCUCUGUGGCUGCUAUAAAUAAAAGCGAAAUCUAAAUCCAGAUAGCACGCCACCAUUUUCAUCCGAUCCGGGGAUUUCCUUUCCUUUGUUUUCAGGGAUUUGUUCAUUAUGCGAUUAUAAUACUUAUUAGGACAAGAUAUUGCCCCUGAAGGUUUUGGAAAAUUCGAGGAAGGAGGGUUUUUGUCAGAAAUUUGUGGUGGCGGUGGCCUGGUGGGUGGGGGUUAUUGGUGGAAAGGUGUCGGAGGCGUGCACGACAGAUUCAGUGCAGUUAGCAAAGGUUUAUUAGUUCCAAUUCACAGUUAAAUUGGAGAUAUUGAGGUUCUGUAUAUUUGUCUUCACUUUUCAUAUUGUAAUAUAAGUCGAGAAGAUGCUAGUAUGUGUUUUUGGUUGACUCAAAAGAUUUAGCCCUCGCUUGUCCUGUGAAUAUAAUUGGUGCGUUGAGCAUUUGGAGUGUGAAUAGAUUGAAAUGGAUCAUAUAGCUCCAAGAGAGAGAGAUUUUGAUAUUGAUCUUGAAGUUGGGUGGACAGUUAGCGAAGAAGAUUCAAGCAAAGAUUCAGGUUUUAGAAAACAAGGAAAGACAUUGAUCACUAAAAUUUGUAAAUUUGCUGAUGGGACUGUCAAGGAUGAAGAAAGGAUAAGUUCUCCCACCAUUGUGUCAAAUACUAACAAGAUUUGUGCUGAUAAUGUGAAGUCGGAGGGAGAAGGUACACCUACUUCUGCAGACAAGGAAGUGGUGAGGGAGAAACGUAAAAAGACCAGUAAUAAAAAAUCUCUUAAACCUCCUCGACCUCCAAAAGGUCCAUCGCUAGAUGCGGCUGACCAGAAGCUUAUCAGGGAGAUUACUGAACUUGCUACGUUGAAGCGUGCAAGAAUUGAAAGGAUGAAAGCAUUGAAGAAGAUGAAGGCUGCUAAGACAUCAUCGUCUAAUGGCAAUUUUUUAGCCAUGGUUUUCACCAUUCUAUUCUGUCUUGUGAUAAUCUUUCAAGGAAUGUCAUCCAGAGGACCAUCUGCAAACUUACAGGGAUCUCCUAUGUCUGCAGGAGCAGCAGAUGGUGGUUUGAUUUCUGUCCAGUACUUUGGAAAUCCAUCUGCAAGUGGCCCAAACGGACAUGGAGCUGGGUCUCCCAAUCUUGUGGAACAGGUUGCCGGUUCCGAUACUCCAGAGAAGUUGCAAAGAGUUGCAGCAUUACUAUAGUCUCAACUCUCAACUUGAUAGAUUACCGUUGGUUUCUAUUGAGGAAAGAUAUCUACCAAUCCAUGGAAUUUCAUGGAAGUGAUGGUGCAUGCACUUUUGGCGACAAGGUCCUUUUUUAUGAACUUCGCCCAGUAAUUUAUCCUCUCUAUAUAUACUAUUUUGAUUUGGGGAUGAGUUAAUUACCUUACAAGUUUGGUAGCUUCUUAGAAGCUUUCAAAGCAUCCAUAGGUUGCAUCCUUAGCAACUAAUCUGGCCGAGUUAGGAUUUGUCCUGGGAGCCUUUCAUUGUGCUUGCAAAUAACUAGUAUAUGCUCCCAUAAAUUUGCCAGUACUUGUAGCAUGAUGUAACAAAAUCUUGUUCAUUAAUAUUAAGUAAACGAUGAAGCAUGCUUUAUUGAAAUAUUUGUGGUGAAAUGGCACUGUCAUUAUCUGCGAUGCGGGAUGAAAUCUUGAGAAUUUUCUCUCAGAAUGACAUAAGUCUCUCUUUUGGAGUUGA